CUUAUGACUCUAGUUUUCAAUACUCGAGCGUUGACACAAUGACUGAAAUCAUCACUUCUGCAAAAGUGGAUGCUUCUGAGCUCACGGAAAUUCCAUCCAACGCCACUGCAUCAGUACGGAGGAUGUUCUCUCAUGAGAGCAAUGGAUCCACUGGGAGAGGUGGAUCUACGAAUAAACUGCUUGAUAGUGCUGACCCAGAAGACAUGGAAUUCCCUGAAGGAGGAUUUCGAGCUUAUAUUACUGUCUUUGGUUCAUUUCUUGGAUUGAUUCCUGCUUUUGGACUGCCAAAUUCUGUUGGUGCUAUUGAAGCGUAUAUUUCUACGCAUCAACUUUCUAAUGUGUCAGCAUCUACUGUAAGUUGGAUCUUUUCUAUUUUCAAUUUCACUGCAUUCUUUUGCAGUAUCUUCAGUGGUGCAGUUUUCGAUUUUACUGGUACCAAGAUCCCGAUGGUAAUCGGUACCGUUACAUUUAGUUGUGGACUGUUUCUAACUGCAAAUGCCGAAACAGCGUGGCAAUUUACAUUGGCCUUUGGAAUUGUCACUGGAUUUGGAUGUGGUACUUUGAUGAGCCCACUGAUUGGCGUCGUGUCUCAUUAUUUUAACAAAAACAGGGCUACCGCUAUUAGUCUUGCAACCUUGGGUGCAUCCAUUGGUGGUAUCAGUAUCCCAUUGUUACUUAGAAAGUUAUACCCUGCUGUUGGAUUUGUGUGGGCGUUGAGGAUUCUUUCCUUUAUCUGUGCUUUCUUUCUUGUAUGUUCAACAUGUCUGGUAAAAGAAAGGCUAAAAAAACAAAGAUCCCCAACUUCCUCAUGGCGUGAAUUUUUGAGAAUGUACGUGCUAGGAGUCUUUGACUAUAGGUCAUUUUCUGAGGUACGUUUCGACUUCUGUGCUAUGGCAAUUGCCCUUGCAGAAUGUUCAUUGAUGAUUACUGCAAUUUAUUUCCCUUCUUAUGCAGUCAGAAGAGGCUUUUCUGAAAGUGAUGCCUAUCUUUUGGUCACUGUGAUAAACUGUAUGGGAAUUCUGGGACGUUUUCUUCCAUCAUAUGUUAGUGAUAAAUGGUUGGGACCUUUCAACACUUGUAUAAUAACACUUGUUGGAUGUGCAAUUACAACUCUUGCUGUCUGGUUACCUUUUGGGUCAAGCUUAGGUGUCUUGUAUCUCUACUCUGCAUUAUAUGGGUUCUUUUCUGGUUCUACUCUUAGUAUUUCCCCAGUAUGUUGUGGUAAGAUUUCAAGAACCGAGGAUUUUGGCAAAAGAUAUAGUACUAUGUAUCUCGUUGCAUCCUUUCUUAUGCUCGUUACCAUUCCCGUCGCAGGUGCUAUCAUUGGCAAUGGUGAAAUCAAGAGAUACAAUGGAUUCAUAGUUUAUGCUGCAAUGUUGGAAUUAGUUGCGGCUAUGUUUCAUGUUGGUACACGUUUUGUUACUGUUGGUUGGAGAAUUUGUAAAUUCUGAUUUGGAAAAAGCCCACAGAUGUGUGAAUAAAUACAAUACUUAAACUUGAUUCUGUCCAAUUGCAACGUGCACUUUGUUACGUAUCAAACGGUAAAAGCAGUUUUGUAUAAUUUCAACCCCAUCUGCAAUUCUAUAACACAUGUAAAUGGACUUAUUAUACAUUUUGUUGAUCCG